AUGAUUUUGUCCAAGUGGCUGGCCACUCUGCUGGGCGGCGCGUUCGCCGUCCAGGGUGCUCUCGCUAUCGAGGUGAACGUCGACGAUGAGAACUCCCUCAAAAGCGCGGCCAAAACGGUCGCCACCACCAUGAUGGAAUACUACGACGCUCGCGAGUCCAAAGACAUCCCCGGUAAAUUCGAUGGCACCUGGUGGGAGGGCGGUUCCAUGUUCAUGACCCUUAUUCUGUACUGCAACUACAGUCAGUACCUGGGCAACGACGAUCAAGUCUUUUGGGGUCUCGCUGCUAUCACCGCCGCGGAAUUCAACUUCCCCGAACGAGAGGGCGAACCCUCCUGGGUAUCCCUCGCACAGGGUGUCUUCAACACCCAGUACCCCCGCUGGGACACGAGCAGCUGCCACGGUGGUAUGCGCUGGCAGAUUUGGCCGUACCAGGACGGAUACCUCACGAAGAACGCGAUUUCAAACGGAGGACUCUUACAGCUUUCGGCCCGCCUCGCCCUCUACACCGGAAAUAAGACAUAUGCUGACUGGGCCGAGCGCAUUUGGGAUUGGAGCGCUACAACUCCGCUGCUCAAGCAGGAGAACUGGAACAUUGCUGAUACCACGACUUGCGGCACGCAGUGCACGGAUCAUGGCGAUUUCCAGUGGACCUACAACUAUGCCACCUAUAUCAGUGGUGCUGCUUACAUGCACAACUAUACUAAUGGCACUGAAACGAAAUGGAAGGAAGGUGUUGAGGGUCUCAUCAAGACCUCGCAGCAGUUCUACCCGACCACCGGCUUCAAUGGAGCUGGCGGCCAAAUUCUAUCGGAUAUCACCUGCGAAGGCAGCGGUAAUUGCGAUCGGAACCAGAUCACCUUCAAGGCCUAUUUCACCAACUGGCUUGGAAUGCUGACUACAAUUGUCCCCGGCACUUAUGACCUGAUCUACCCUCAGCUGAAAACCUCGGCCCAGGCCGCUGCAAAGCAAUGCUCGGGUGGUGACGACGGCACGCAUUGUGGUAUUCGCUGGUACAAGCAAGCCUCUUGGGAUGGGACCAAAGGUCUGGAGCAACAAAUGGCUGUACUGGGUGUCCUGGCCGCCAAUCUGAUUCCCUUCUCGGGCAAGGCGCCAUUGACUGCAUCAUCGGGUGGAACCUCCAAGAGCAACCCGAACGCUGGCACCAAUUCCUCGGACAGUAAUGUCCCCAUAUUGAACAGCAUCGGUACCGGUGACCGUGCAGGUGCAGGCAUCUUGACCGUCAUCUUCGUCAGCGGUUGGGCUGUUGCCGUGACCUGGAUGAUCCGCGGCGGUUAA